UGAGAGGAGCGAAGUCGAAAGGCAGAGACAAGUUUCGUUUAAUAAAACACGAAGCGCCCUAAAGCAGAGAGCGCCACCCCGUCCGGCUCUGUCUCUCACCGCCUCCGCAAGCUACAGACACUCACCUAUAUAGUUAAGAAGGUUGCUCCAGCAAGUCACCGUUUUAGGAUAAUGGUCUCAUCAAAUAUCAGGGACCUCUUGACAGCAUUUAGUCCUUCAUUGGACUACCUUGCAAUCAGUUCUGGAGAUGGUCGAAUAAAGAUCUGGGACACUGUGAAGGGCCAGGUGCAAACUGAGUUUGCAGACAUUACAUCAAACGAUGCAGAUUUAUAUACUAAAGCUGAACGAGGUCACCUUUCAGUGGAUUAUACAUGCAUGAAGUGGUUGUCCCUGGACAGAAAGAAAAAAAGAAAGUUAGCUAGUUCAUUGUUGAUACUAGGAACAGGCAGUGGUGAUGUUUUGGCACUUGAUGUUUCUGCGGGUCAAUUGAAGUGGAGAGUCAAUGAUUGCCAUCCUGGGGGUGUUAGUGCUAUUUCAUUUUCUACUCGUGAUUCAUGCAUUUACACUGCGGGUGCUGAUGGAAUGUUUUGCAAAAUUGAUCCGCAGACAGGAAAUAUGGUGGGGAAGUUUAGAGCUUCUUCAAAGGCAAUAUCAUCUUUGUCUGUUUCACCAGAUGGAAAGAUAUUAGCAACAGCAGCUGCCCAGUUGACGAUUUUCAAUUGUUCCGACCACAAAAAAAUACAGAAAUUUUCCGGUCAUCCUGGAUCUGUCAGUGCUAUGAUCUUUACUGAAGAUGGUAAAUAUGUCCUCUCAUCUGCUAUUGGUGAAAGAUACAUUGCAUUAUGGAGAACAGAUGGUGGAAAAAAGCAGUCAGCAAGCUGUGUCCUUGCAAUGGAGCAUCCUGCUGUAUUCCUUGAUAGCAGGUGCCUUGAAAAUGAGGGAGUUGAUGAUCCAGGCCUGUGUGUUUUGGCCAUUUCAGAAACUGGUGUUUGCUAUACAUGGUAUGGAAAGAGUAUUGAGGAAUUACGGAAUGCCAAGCCCACAAAAGUUGCACUAUCUAAUCAAGAAUAUUUUUCCAAGAAUCACAAGGGUGCAUUACCUACAAUAUUUGCUGCAAAAUUACAGGGCAUUGCAGAACCUAUGGCCGCACACGUUUUUAUUGCCUAUGGUUUGCUGGUUAAACCUUUGUUCCAAAAAAUAAUAGUUCAUUCUGGCACAGAUGUAAAGUUGAAUGCUUCCCAGGAUGGAGUUCUUUUACCAAUGAGUCAGUCUCUCAUCAAACCUAAGAGAGGGAAAGAUUUACAGAAUUCAGUUACUGCAUUAGACCGUGCUAAUGUGGAGGAUGCACUACUUCCUAUUCCAAAAGUCUCUAAUUUUCAUGAGAAAAGAAUGAGGGAUAAAGCUUUAAGUAUCAACUCUGAGGAGGUCAUGGCAGAUUUGAUUGAUGGCAGGUGUCAGCCCGAGGCUCUGGAGAAAAAAGAUGGCAUUAUAGAAGUCGACACAGUAACAACUUGCAUAGAGAAGCAGUUGAGAUUAUUAGAAAUACUUGGGAGCAAAGAUGAUGGUACAUUCAGCUCUACACUUGCUUCUGCAACAUUUGAUGGUAUUGACCUUGAAGCUAAUACUCCACAAAAGAAGAUGAGAGCUGCCGUUUUAUCUUUGGAACCUAGCUAUGCAUACAAGUUACUGGAAAUCUUGUUGGCCAAAUGGCAAUCCAGGUCAUGUAGUGGACAAUAUGUUCUACCAUGGAUAUACUGUAUAUUGGUCAAUCAUGGCCAUUCUAUCGUGGCUCAAGAAAAGCCGGAGUCACAUAUGCUGAAUUCCUUAUUGAAGGUCACUAAAUCUAGAGGGGUCGCUAUUCAACCUUUAUUACAAUUAUCAGGUCGAUUGCAGCUAGUAACCGCACAGAUCAACCAAGCUGCUGCGAAUAAAACUCAUCUCACCUUGCAUAAUGUUCAAAUGAAUUAUGACGAAGAUGAAGAUGACGAUGAUGAUAUUGAUGAACGUCUUUAUGGGGAAGAUGAUGAUGAAUCCCAAUUGAGCAGUGAUGAUAAUAACUAGAUGCAAUUAUUAUAACAGGUGCUUGUGCAGGCUGGUUUCCAUUUACUUCUGCAGCAACAGGUGAUGGUGAUGGUUUCUCCUCAGGUGGUGGAUUCUCAGGCGGUGGUGGGUCUUUCGGUGGCUCUGCUGGCGGAACUGCUUCAGCUGGUGGAGCUUCUGCUGGAGGAGGAUUAGCUGCUUCAGCAGCUGGUGGUGGUGUACCGCCUUCAGGUGGCUGUUGGGGUGCUUCUGCUGGUUGGUCUGAUGGCUCGGUAUGGGAACAUAUAGUGGCAAUCUUUCUAGUUUUCCUAAUUGCUUUAACUAUUUUUUCAGGAUCUGCCCAUCCAAUUAUUGUCAACUUCUGUUGGGGAACGUCAAUGUAGAGAUCAUAUAUACCUGUUGAAAAUGAGAAUUAAAUUAGUAAAAUUAGAUAUAAGUAAGUUGAGUUUUAUCA